GUUUUUUUUGUUAUUCCGUGCGGGUGCUCUUUUCCGUAUUGUUAGUGUAAAUCCCCAUAGCCCCAAAUUUUGUUGUUGUGCCAGACGUCUGUUAAUUAGCAUAUAGUACUUACACCAAAUAUAUAUACCAAAACACGAGCAAAAUACAACUCAUCUUCGACGCAGUAGCCAGAUCUUUGUAAACGUUGCGGGCGCAAAAAAACGGAGAGAGCAGAGGAGCGGAGAAAGCGAACGCCCCCCGCCCGCGUGCGAGUGAAUCAGUACCGUAACAUAACGGUAAAACCCCGAACCCAGGAACCCAAGAAACAGAACCCAACCCAAAGUUAUGAACCGCACCAGAAGGAAGGUGGUGCGCCCAAAGAAUCCCUAUACCACAGCAAACUUCUUCUCACAAUGGAGCUUCUGGUGGAUGCGAGAUCUUUUCAAACGGGGCCUGCAGGGUCCGCUGACGGACGAGGAGCUGUAUCAGCACAGAAAGACCCUGGAUAGCGAAAGAGUGACCAAUAAAUUUGCAGAGCUGUGGGACGAUGAGCUAAAGCGAAGUAAUCCCAGUGUGGUGAGAAUGAUCCUCCGAGCAUACGGCAAGAUUUUCCUCCCCAUGGGUCUGGCCUUCUCCAUAAGCGAAACGAUUUGCAAAUCUCUCAUGCCCCUAUUCCUGGGUGGUCUGGUCGGUUACUUUGCCACAAAUCAGACGGAUAUCAGUGAGCGGACGGCGUAUCUGUUCGCCAUGGGAAUUGUGAUUUGCAUGCUAGUGCCUGUGAUAACAUUCCACCCCUUCAUCUUCUACAUCUUCCAAGUGGGCACCAAGCUGCGUCUGGCCCUCUCGGGACUAAUCUAUCGCAAGGUACUGCAGGUGUCCAAAAGCAGUAGUAACGAUGGUCUCCGAGGGAGAGCCAUAAAUAUUCUGUCCAAUGAUCUGGGGCGCUUCGAUGUGGCGCUAUGUUUCCUGCACGAUACGUGGAAGGGACCGAUGGAGUCCAUCCUGAUUGGCUUCCUCAUGUACCGGGAAAUUGGAAUAUCGGCUGUGAUCGGCGUGUCUUUCAUGCUCAGCUUUAUCCCUUUGCAAGCGUGGGCAGCCAAGAAAGCGGCCUACUAUCGCCAAAUGACGGCGGAGCGAACGGAUAUGCGAGUAAAGCUUAUGAACGAGAUUAUCCAGGGCAUCCAAGUGAUCAAGAUGUAUGCGUGGGAGAAGAGCUUUGCCCGGGUCAUUGCAGAGGUGCGACUCAAGGAGGUGAAGGCCAUCCGGGGCACUGCCUACAUCCAUGCUGCCCUCGGUUGCACCUCCAUGAUAUCGCCGCUAUCUGUGUUCCUGGCCCUGUGCUCCUACGUUUACCUGGGUGAUCCCCUAACAGCCCAAAAGGUGUACACAGUGUCAUCAUAUUUCAACAUGCUCAACGAUUCGAUGGUUACCUUUUGGCCCAUGUCCAUUACCUUUAUUGCCGAGGCUCUGGUUUCGGCGAAGCGUUGCAAGGAAUUCUUGCUGGACGGGGACAGAGCAGAGGUUCCCAUAAACCUGGAAGCCAAUCAGCAAACGGGCAAGAAUAAGCGUAAAGUCUCCAAGAAGGACAAACAGAAGAACGUGGAGCUGAAUGGCUCUCUAUUGUCCAAUGGCCAAGUGCAGCACAACCGCCUGAGGGAUUACGAUCCAGAGGCAACGAAAAAAUGUGUGGUGCUGAAAAAUGUAUCUGCUUCAUGGGACGCCAAUGAUGGCCAAGCCAAUUCUGCCAUCGAAGACUUCAGCACAGAUAUACAAGAUCAUAUGCUGGCUGCUGUCGUUGGACCCGUGGGUGCUGGGAAAUCCAGCUUCCUGAAUGUAUUGCUGGGCGAAGUAGGAAUUGAUAAGGGCGAGGCCCUGGUUCAUGGCAAGAUCUCGUAUGCCUCCCAAGAAAGCUGGGUCUUCGAAGGAACCAUUCGCGAUAACAUCGUCUUUGUGGAGGACUACAACGAGAGGCGGUACAAGAAGGUGGUAAAGGUAUGUGGCUUAGAACGGGAUAUGGAAUUGCUGCCUCGCGGAGAUUUAACCGUCGUUGGAGAGCGCGGAGUGAGUCUCAGUGGUGGUCAAAAGGCCCGAGUCAAUUUAGCUCGAGCAGUCUACCGCAAGGCGGAUAUAUAUCUUCUGGAUGACCCACUCUCCGCUGUGGAUACCCAUGUGGGCAAGCACAUCUUUGAUCGAUGCAUACGCGACUUUCUGUCCAACAAGAUACGAAUUCUGGUCACCCAUCAGGUGCAGUAUCUGUUCGAUGUCGAGCACCUGCUGCUGAUGGGGUCCGGAAAGAUUGUUGCUCAGGGCAGCUACCAGCAGUUGCAGCGCUCCCGCCAGUUCCAGUUCCUCGAGCAGACGCAGCACGACGAAAGUGGCAUCGACACACAUAGUGUAAGCAGUUUUCUGUCGCGUAGCGAUUCCGAGAAGAGCAUGGAGCACCAGCACAACCCUCUGCUUCGUCCAGACGAGCAGGUGGAGGAGCUCAACCAGGAGCAACAGACCGUGGGCUCCAUUAAAAUGCACGUCUACGCCUCAUACAUCAAGGCCUUGGAUAGCACCUUCCUGCUGGGCAUAAUUAUCUCGCUGUUCGUUUGCGCCAGAGUUAUGCUUACCGGAGUGGAUUACUUCUUGUCCAGAUGGGUUAUUUGGGAAGAACAAAUAUCUGCAAAUAGCACUUCCACCCUGCUGGUAGAAAAUGAUACGACGCCCGUCAACGACACGCUGCCUCUUAACGCCACAGAUCCUUCUAUCGCACCCUUAGCAGCCGGCGACAUUCAGGCUGCCGUCCGUCAGGAGCUCGUCCUGUUCUAUGCCACCAUACUGGGCGCCACGUUGAUCGUGUACCUCAUCCGCACCUUUGGCUUCUUUAAGAUGUGCUUGCGCAUCUCGCUGCAUUUGCACGACCGACUCUUCCGGGGAAUCACCCGAGCCAGCAUGUACUUCUUCAACACGAACUCAUCUGGACGAAUUCUGAAUCGCUUCUCCAAGGAUAUACGCACUGUGGACACGGAUCUGCCGCACACAAUGCUGGAUUGCCUGGCCUUCAUCAUCGAUGUUUCUGGCGUAGUAAUCAUUGUGGCCAUUGCCAAUUAUUGGCUAUUGGUUCCGGCUGCCAUUAUUGGUUCCAUUCUGGGCAUGAUACGCUAUCUCUAUGUGAAUACCAGUCGCAGUGUAAAGCGAUUGGAAUCCAUAUCUCGCAGUCCGGUUUUCUCGCUGACAAACCAAACCUUCCAGGGUCUUACCACCAUCCGAGCUUUACAGGCCCAAAGCGCCCUGGAGCUGGAGUUCCAUGAAUACCAGAACACCAACACCUCCGCCUGGUUCCUUUUCCUUUCCUGCACCCGUGCCUUCGCCCUGUGGUCGGACGUGCUGUGCAUCGUCUACAUGACGGCGGUGACCUUCAGUUUCCUGCUUCUGAAAAACGAGUUCGACAGCGGCGAUGUGGGCUUAGCCAUUUUGCACUCCACCACGAUGACGGGCAUGUGCCAGUGGGGUAUGCGACAGACGGCGGAGCUGGAGAAUCAAAUGACCAGCGUGGAGCGAGUGCUGGAGUACACGGAGCAGCCGUCGGAGGCGCCGCUGGAGACGCCGGAGAAGUUCAAGCCGAAGACCGAGUGGCCCAGCAAGGGACGCAUCGAGUUCAUCAACUUUAAGCUGCGCUAUUCACCCAAGGAGGCUCCUGUGCUGAGGGAUCUGAACUUCACCAUCGAGUCGCGCGAGAAGAUCGGCAUUGUGGGCCGCACUGGCGCCGGAAAAUCGUCCAUCAUCCAGUCCAUUUUCCGUUUGGCCUGCAACGAGGGCAUGAUCCGAAUCGACGAUGUGGACAUUGAGCAUAUUGGCCUACACGAUCUGCGUAGUCAGGUUUCCAUUAUACCGCAAGAUCCGGUUCUGUUUUCUGGCACUUUGCGUUACAAUCUUGAUCCUAUGGACGAGCGUUCGGAUGACGAGAUGUGGAAGGCUCUGGGCGAUGUGGAGCUACGUUCCUAUGUGUCCACCUUGAUUGGUGGACUCAACUGUCGCAUGUACGAUGGAGGCUCGAACUUUAGUGUCGGUCAGAGGCAGUUGGUGUGCCUGGCGAGAGCCAUUCUGAGGCACAAUAAAAUACUGAUUAUGGACGAGGCUACAGCCAACGUUGAUCCUGAAACCGACAAGCUUAUCCAGCAGACGAUCCGCUCCAAGUUUGCCCACUGUACUGUGUUGACAAUAGCCCAUCGACUGCACACCGUGAUGGACAGUGACCGAGUACUGGUCAUGGAUGCCGGCGAGGUGCGGGAGCUGGGACAUCCCUACGAGCUGCUGCAGCGAACUGGAGGAUACCUUCGUCAAUUGGUGGACAACACUGGAGCGGCCACCUCCUCCGCACUGCAACAGGCUGCUGAACAGAGCUACAGCAAACAGAUCUUGGGAGAUGAUACGGCUGCCGAGGAUCUUAACAUCUCACUGGCCAUGGAGGAGAGGUCCCAGUGAUUGAGACGCACACUCACCUACUUGUAGACUUGCUUAAGGGUUAGAUCAUAAGAACUAAAAGUAUUAUGUACAUAGCACAAUCGUACUUAACGCUAACGAAUUACCUAUUGCCUUGUACUUACGGAAUACUUGUAAGCUUGUUUAUCGCCACGAAUUUAUGUAGUGUACCGAGUACUCUAUGUGUAUCACCUAUGUUUUGUACGUCAUGUGUUCAAUUGCAAUCGUAAACGCUGUGCACAAAUCAGAGCAAGUUCAAUCAAACGAAGACAAAUAGUUUAUUUAGGUACUUUUUUAAAAUAUGUAGCUAAUGUAGGAUUACAACAUCGUACUUAUAGAUAAGAACAAUCUCAAUAAAGUGCCUGAGAAUUAUUACUAACAAAUG